UAAUUAUGGCAGCAAGCCGGCCACUUUGUUUAAAGACACACAACACUUGCCUUUGUUAUCCACAAACAACCUCUUCUUCCGACCACCACGUCGGUUACCCUCAUUGACUCAAUAGUCCAUGGGCAACUGCAGCAGCGGCGGUGCCGCCGCAACCACUUACUCCGAAAACCCUGCCCCCCACAACGGCCUCACAGUUCUCCCCCCAGACUCCAACCCUUCACCCCCACCACCCUCCUCUUUGGGCCGCGUGCUUGGCCGACCCAUGGAGGACGUCCGGUCCAUUUACAUCUUCGGGCGCGAACUGGGCCGCGGCCAAUUCGGUGUGACUUACUUAGUGACCCACAAAGUGACGAAGGAGCAGUUCGCUUGCAAAUCAAUCGCCACACGCAAGCUCAUUAACAAAGAUGACAUCGACGACAUUCGCCGUGAGGUUCAGAUCAUGCACCACCUCACCGGCCACCGCAAUAUUGUCGAGCUCAAGGGUGCUUACGAGGACCGCCACUCCGUCAACCUCAUCAUGGAACUCUGCGCCGGAGGGGAACUCUUCGACCGGAUCAUCGCCAAAGGCCACUACUCCGAGCGUGCCGCCGCCAACUCGUGCCGCCAGAUUGUGACCGUUGUGCAUAACUGUCACUCCAUGGGAGUGAUGCAUAGGGACUUGAAGCCUGAGAACUUCUUGUUGCUCAGCAAGGACGAUGAUUCCCCCCUCAAGGCUACGGAUUUUGGUCUCUCUGUGUUUUUCAAACCAGGUGACGUGUUUAAAGAUCUCGUUGGGAGUGCUUACUAUGUUGCUCCUGAGGUGCUGCGAAGGAGUUAUGGGCCUGAAGCUGAUAUUUGGAGUGCCGGGGUUAUAUUGUACAUUCUGCUUUCUGGUGUUCCACCCUUCUGGGCAGAAAAUGAACAGGGUAUCUUUGAUGCUAUUCUUCGUGGACAUAUUGAUUUCGUAUCGGAUCCUUGGCCUUCCAUAUCAAGCAGUGCCAAAGAUCUGGUCAAGAAGAUGCUACGAGCUGACCCCAAAGAACGGCUUUCAGCACUUGAAGUACUUAAUCAUCCCUGGAUGAGAGUAGAUGGAGAUGCAUCUGAUAAGCCUCUCGACAUUGCUGUUUUAACCAGAAUGAAACAAUUCCGAGCAAUGAACAAGCUGAAAAAAGUAGCUCUAAAGGUUAUUGCUGAAAACCUUUCUGAAGAAGAAAUUAUUGGCUUGAAGGAAAUGUUCAAAUCCAUGGAUACAGAUAAUAGUGGAACAAUCACUUUUGAAGAGUUGAAAGCUGGUCUCCCAAAACUGGGUAGUAAACUUUCUGAGUCUGAAGUAAGGCAAUUGAUGGAAGCGGCUGACGUAGAUGGGAAUGGAACGAUUGAUUAUAUUGAAUUUAUAACUGCUACCAUGCACAUGAAUAGAAUGGAAAGAGAGGACCACCUUUAUAAAGCCUUUGAAUAUUUUGACAAGGACAAGAGCGGGUACAUCACAAUGGAAGAGUUGGAAAUAGCCCUUAAGAAGUAUAACAUGGGUGACGAGAAAACAAUAAAGGAAAUCAUUGCUGAAGUUGAUACUGAUCAUGAUGGAAGAAUUAACUAUGACGAAUUUGUAGCCAUGAUGAGGAAAGGCAACCCGGAAAUAACCCACAGACGUCGCAAAUAGCUCUGCAUGAGAAAGCUCUUUCUGUCUUUUGCCUGCUAAUUUGCUUGAGAGAUUGGGCACUUAACGUGACAUUUAUACUGCUUGAGUAGACAUGAAUGUGUACAAAUUUAAUUUAAAACUGAUCCACCCCUUUCUCCCUAACGAGGUAAAAUAACAAGUGAGACUUUAUUCGGCUCAUUGUUAACUUUAUAAUUAAAUUGAUUGUUCUUUGAUUCACCAAUAUAUCAAUCAUGACAUGAUUGU